AUGGCCGCGUACGUCGACGAUAUGCUCGUCAAGAGCCGGGAGGAGGACAAGCAUGCGGAGGACCUGGCCGACUGCUUCAAGGUAAUGUUAAAAUACAACCUUCGGCUGAACCCCAAAAAGUGCGCGUUCGCCGUCCAAGGUGGCAAAUUUUUGGGCUAUAUGGUCACCAAACGAGGCAUUGAGCCUAAUCCGGAGAAAGUACAGGCCAUCAUCGACAUGCAGCCUCCUACCACCAUCAAGGACCUACAACGAUUGACUGGGGUGCCGGACCACUUGAUAAGAAUUUGCCAGAAGGAGGAGUUAAAUCGGCCGAGUGUUGAAGAGACACCACUGGAAGUCCAGCAAGUAAAUAUCGAGGAAUGGGAUCGGGAGAAAAACCCUGAGAUGUUUUGGAUGGAAGAUAUCCGGCGAUUCAAGGAGACGGGCGAGUUACCAAGUGACCAAGGAGUCGCCGCUAGAGUUCGGCGAAAAGCCCCUUCCUUCCAGAUCAUCGACGGGCAGUUAUAUAAACAGUCGUUCGGAGGACCCUUACUAAAGUGCCUGCUUAGACCUGAGGCCGAGAAAAUAAUGGACGAAGCUCAUAGAGGCAUUUGUGCUGCGCACCAGGGCGCCCACACGCUCGCCCAGAAGUUAGUCGUUCAAGGGUAUUAUUGGCCGACCAUGAUGCGAGACUGUAUCGAAUGGAUGUCCAAGUGCGGCGUUUGCCAAGCAUUCGCCAGGAAAGACACCCGGCCGGCCACCUUUUAUACACCGGUCACCACUGCCAUCCCCUUCGCCAAGUGGGGAAUAGACUUGUUGGGACCAUUGCCCGUCGCCCCGGGAGGUCUGAAGUUUUGCGUCGUGGCUAUCGACUACUUCACCAAAUGGGUCGAGGCAGAACCAUUGGCUACCAUCACCGAGUACCAAUGUCGACGUUUUCUUUGGAAAAAGGUGAUCUGUCGCUUCGGCCUGCCCGAGCACAUCGUCAGUGACAACGGGCGACAGUUUGACUGCCAGGCCUUCGCUGACUUCUGCCGCCGACACGAUAUCAAGCAUACCAAGGUAUCGGUGGCGUACCCGCAAGCCAAUGGGCAGGUCGAGAAUGUGAAUCGAACGUUGGUCGAUGGGAUCCGGAAGAAGCUCGAAAACAUCCGAGGAAAUUGGGCGGACGAGCUGGACCGAGUCCUAUGGGCUUAUCGCACUACCCAGCGGCGAGCAACGGGGGAGAGCCCGUUCUCGCUCGCAUACGGCUUCGAGGCCAAGGUUCCAGUCGAAGUGGUCGAGCCCACCCACCGGGUUCGCACCUACUCGGAUGCAGCGAACGAAGAGAGUCUGCGGAUCGAGAAAAAUUUCCUAGAGGAAAGGAGGGAAGCCGCGAGUGCACGGAUGGUUGAGUAUCAGCAGGCGGUGAAAAGAUAUCGCGACCGUAGGACUCGCCCGCGAACCUUCCAGGUUGGUGACCUCGUGUUACGCGAUCGACAAGCCAGUCAGCCCACCGAAGGAGGCAAGUUUGCGGUUAAGUGGGAGGGGCCAUACCGUAUUGCAGCGGUGGUCCAAGCCGGAACCUACAAGUUAGAGACUAUGGAAGGCAAGCCCAUAGAUCGCAUAUGGAACGUCACUCAUUUGAAAAGAUUCUAUCAGUAG